AUGGCUACUCUCGCUCUCGCUGGCAAGGUUGCCAUAAUAACUGGUGGCUCGAAGGGUAUUGGCAAAGCGACAGCUCUUCGACUUGCGCGUGAUGGUGCCAAGGUGGUUAUCCAGCACCCUUCCAAUGACAAAGGCGCCCAGGAGAUGGUGGACGAAAUCGGAGAGCUAAACGCUCUGGCUGUCAAGGGCAAUGCGAGCAGCGUGGCCGACAGCGAAGAGCUGAUCCGUCGUACGGUGGAGGUGUUCGGUCAAAUUGAUAUUGUCAUUUCCAACACCGGUUACUUACCCAUCCGAGACCUUGUGAGCACCUCGGAGCAAGACUUUAACGACUGUAUGGAUGUAAAUGUAAAGGGGCCAUACUUUUUGAUUCAGAAAGCGGCCCCUCACCUCCACCCGGGAGCCCGAGUCAUCCUAAUUUCCUCCGCCCUCUGCCACGUCUCUACAGUUAGCCCUCCCUACCUUCUUUACUUGACCGCAAAGGGUGCUAUCGAGCAGAUGAUUCGCGUUCUGACUAAGGACCUGGGCCCAAAGGAAAUCACCGUCAACGCAAUCGCUCCAGGUCCGACCGACACCGAGUUGUCCACGCCAGGCAGCUCAGAGCCUGCGUCGAACGCCAUCAAGGGUCUUAUCCCCAAUGGACGCUUGGGUACACCUCAAGAAAUGGCGGAGACCAUGGCAUAUUUAAGCUCCUCGGCGAGUGCCUGGGUCUCAGGACAAAUCCUACGUGUGAAUGGCGGCAUGGCAUAG